UGUGGAGGAAGUGACGUUGAAGUUGUGUCGUCAUCUCGGUCUCUUUAUCUGGAGUUCCACUCAGACGAUAGCAACCAGUUUACUGGUUUCAGAUUUAAAUAUACAUUUCAACAAGCUUCAGCCGGAUGUGGACAUUCGUUCUUUAUGUGUCAGAACCACAGAUGUGUUCAGAAGAGUUUAAUCUGUGACCAAGAAGAUGAUUGUGGGGAUAAUUCAGACGAAGGCAAUAACUGCAAAAUUGCUACAAACAAUUGUGAGGAUCAUCAGUAUGCCUGUGUGGCGGAUCAAAAAUGUAUUUCCAAGACCUGGUUAUGUGAUGGUGAACCUGAUUGUACUGGGGGAGAUGACGAGGCGGGCUGUGGACUACAAACAGGAAUAUCAGGGUGUGGCAGCAGUUCUAUACAAAACGGAACAUCAGGUGUCAUCAGCUCGAUGAAUUAUCCCAUUGAAUAUAACAACGAAUCUAAAUGUCACUGGGACAUCAAUGUUCCUCCGGGAAAGUAUAUUCGACUUGAAUUCAACAAAACAUUUGAUGUGGAGCCCGGUGAGACGCCUGUUAUAUGUGAAUACGAUCGCGUCACAGUGUACAGUGGAAGUGGAGGACGCCAUUUUGUUGGUAAAUAUUGUGGUACUGAGGCCCCUCCUCCAGUCAUUAUCCCAGGAUCACAUGGAAUCGUCAGGUUUUUCACGGAUGAAGGAGAAUCACAGGCCGGCUUCCAAAUCAAAUGGACUGCUGUGGAUGCUGACCCCACGUAUGUUAAUCCGACGGUUGAUCCCGGUCCUUUUGGUUGCGAUAAGGACAUCUACUACACAGGACCUGGUACAAUAGAAACCCCAGGGUUUGAUACUAGUGGUCACUACAAAGACAACACAACAUGUGUUUGGAGAAUUUUUGGUCCAGAGGGAUACAUUAUCAAGCUCCACUUUAAAGACUUUGGAACGGAGAUGUCCCAUGAGUGCAAAUACGAUAGCUUAAAAGUCUUCGAUGGUCCUAGUUUCUCUGAUGGUCUAAUCGCCACAAUCUGCGGCAACAGAUUGCCUAACGAAGAAUGGUCAAAGACGAACAAUAUGAUGGUUGUCUUCACUAGUGACAAAGUCUAUCACGACAUUGGGUUCAGGGCAGUUUUUACAGCAGUGAGACCUAAUGAUCACAAAAUCACGGAUAUAGCUGCUUGUAGUGGCACUCCUACAGUAUACACAGCGCAAACAGGAACAAUUAUCUCAGAUCUUUACGACGGCGUUACAGAGUACCCUAAUAACUUAAACUGUCAAUGGAAAAUUAACGCACCUGCUGGAAAAGUCAUUACCUUGUGGUUUAAUACAUUCGAGGCAGAGAGUACAGAGAACUGUGACUAUGACUACUUAGCAGUGUACGAUGGGAAAAAUACAUACGGUAAACUGAUUGACAAAGUUUGUGGCAUGGUGUACCCCGAAAAGAUGACAACUGAGUCUAACCACAUGUACAUGCAGUUCAUCACGGACGAGUCUGGUGGUGGCUUCGGAUUCAAUCUGACCUACACCAUCCACGACCCAUUACCGUACUGUGAUGACGACGAGUUUAGAUGCCGAGACACUCACUGUAUUGCGUACACCAAGGUCUGUAACGGACAUGACGACUGUGGGGACGGAUCUGAUGAGUUGGUCUGUGGUAAUGAUGGUGUUUGUGGACGACCAGCGAUUAAACCAGUGGAGGGUAAUACUCGAAUUGUGGGAGGAAGAGAAGCCAUCCCCAACAGCUGGCCCUGGCAGAUCUCCAUGAAACAUUACGGAAGUCACAGCUGUGGGGGCAGUAUCAUCCACCCCCAGUGGGUCAUCACCGCCUCGCAUUGUGUGGAAGACAAUCGAAACACGGACCAUCUCACCAUAGAAGCUGGAAAACACCACGAAAAAAAGACGGAUCCCCAUGAACAAAUAAGAAGGGUGGACAAAAUUCUGAUGCACGAGAGCUAUGAUCCAGACCUAGUUGAUAAUGAUAUUACACUAUUUAAACUGGACCGACCUUUCACCCUCAAUGAUUACGUCAGCACUGUUUGUCUUCCCAGCGUAUUGGUGCGAGAUGGCGCCAACUGCAUGGUAACUGGAUGGGGAGAUACUAAAAAUACCAGUAGCGGCGGGUUACUUAAACAAGCGCAGUUACCGGUCGUUAACCUUGACAAAUGUAAUAGUACCGAUUACUUGGACGGAGAUGCCACAGACAAUAUGAUAUGUGCUGGAUAUGAUAAAGGCGGUAUAGAUUCCUGCCAGGGAGACAGUGGUGGUCCGUUUGUCUGUAAGUCAGGAACAAAAUGGGAUCUCCAGGGAAUCGUGUCUUGGGGAAAUGGAUGUGCUGAGGAGAAAAGCCCAGGAGCUUACACGAAAGUUAUGAAUUACAUUAAAUGGAUUCAAGAAAUGGUGGCAUCACAUCCUUGAAGAAUUUCAUUAUUCAUUUCAUGUUACAUAGUGAGAACAAAUAAAA